CUUAAUUUUAUUUAGAAUUUGAUUUUUUUACCUUAUCAUAAAAGUAAUUUGGAAGCAAAAAUAUGUUUGAUAUGUACAUAUACCUACAUUAAAACAGGGUUUAAACUAAUUGUAUUAUAAAUUAUAAUGGAUUUUUCGGUUUGACUUCUAAAAUAAUUUACCUAAAAUUUACAAGUUUAUAUUAAACCCACUUAGCCAUAGAAACAUAAUUAAAAUUUUAUUGUGAUAGUUUAUUAGCCGGCCGUUGACUAAAUUGAAAUUAUGUUAAAAGUCAAUAUUAUCGGUAAUUUAUUUUUAUUAUUUUUUCUAUUUAAUUGUGCAAAAUGUGAAAGCAGUAAAUUGUUAUCAGUUGCAACGUUAUACCGUCAUGGAUCCAGAGGACCGAUGAAGUUUUACAAAAAUGAUCCGUAUCAAAAAGUAGCUGACGAAAUUUGGCCAAAUGGUUUAUCGGAACUGACAAUUAUCGGCAAAAAUCAGCAAUUUGAACUUGGCAAAUGGUACCGAGAACGUUACAAAAGUUUCAUCCCAGAUAAAUAUGAUCGAAAUUUUAUAAGAGUAUUGUCAUCUGAUAGUGACAGGUGUCUAAUGUCUGCUGCUUCCAAUCUUGCCGGGAUGUUCCCACCGAAAGGCAAUCAAAUAUGGAAUAAAGAUAUACCUUGGCAGCCAAUUCCUAUUCAUACAACCCCGAUGAACCAAGACGCUCUUAUUUAUUUGGGAAAACCUUGUCCAAAGCACGACAAAAUUGUGCAAGAAUUAAAAAAUCAGGAAGAAUAUAAACAAUUCGUGCAAUAUCUCCAGCCUACUAUUAAUUAUAUAGAAAAGCAUAUUAAAGAAAAGUGUAAUACCAUAGAAGAACUAAUAUUUAUUCAUGAUGCUUUAUUUGUAGAAUCUUUUUACGGUUUAGAGCUGCCUAGAUGGACAGAGACAUUUUAUCCUAAUUAUACCAUGCCACUACUUGCUCUUUUUUUUAAAUUACCGGCAUAUACACCUCAACUAGCAAGAUUAAAUGCAGGCCCACUAAUUGACUACAUUACGACAUUUUUUGAAGAAGUAUUGGAAAAACCAAAUAACUCUCAAAAGUUUCUGAUGUUAUCAGGACACGACAACACCAUAGCCAAUCUUUUAACAUCCUUGGGAUUAUACGAUAACACUUGGCCAGAAUAUGCUUCUUCUUUAAACAUUGAAUUUAAAUCAAGAGAAAAUCAGCCUUUUAUAAAUAUGUAUUUUAAAAAUAGUACAGGCAUUCAUAAGUUAACUUUAAAUAAUUGUUCAUUCAACUGCAGUUUUGGUAGAUUUAAGAAACUAACCGAACAUUUGAGAAUAAAUCCCGAUCUUUGGGAUAAAGAAUGUACUAAUGUAUAGUGUUUGUGUAAUGUUUUUAUUAAUAAUGAAAUUUUAAGUAUUUUACAAAUGAAUAUAAAUAUAAUAUUUGGGAUUAGA